CUCCGACGGGGUAAAGUACGCUGCUCUCGUUGCCAUGGUGAAUCGGUGAAUCUGUGAUCGAUGGCGGGGUCUAUUUGAGGAAGCCGCGUGCGCGCACUGAUCCAGGAUUGGUUUCACCUGGCUUGAUGAAUCCGUGUCUGCGCAUCCUGGCUUGGUCUUUGUGCAACCAAUUAAGCCUGGACGUUCUUGUUUUGGAUUCGUUGAACCCAGCUCAGUCAUUUAUCCUGGAUGUCUGAAUCCUGCUUUUGUGGAACGGGCCCCAGAUUGCCUCUGAGCGACUGUGCCCAUAGCACACAAGAGACUAGGGGACAGGAACGUGACAUUAUACACAGCACAGCAGCAGGUGGCAGUAUACAUAUUUGUAAACUACCAAAGAAGAAGAGGAGCAAGCAACCUUCCGCUUUGCCUUUGAAGUCAGGUUACAAAACCACAGCUGAGCCCAGGAAACAUUCCCAACAGUCAGGGCUUGAAUUUACAUUGCGUUGCGGCGAAUGGGGUUAAACAAGUUCUGCAGUCUGAACAGUUCCGAUCCAUUCUGGGUGAGACACCUGGUUCCCAUAUGGCAGGACGUAGAGGUCCUCGAGGCAGUCAACAAUACACUCGGCCCACUGACAGAGUUCACUGAUGCCCUCUCAGGAGAACAAUAUGUGAGUAUCUCCUCAGUGAAGCCAGUUCUCCACCUCUGUGAAACGUCAGUUGUUGCAGUGCAGGAAGAUGACUCGGGUCUCAUGCGAUCAAUCAAGUCAAGAAUCCUGGGGUACCUUCAGGAAAGUACAGUGAUCCAAACACACAGGGGCUGCUCGACCUUGCCACAACUCUGGAUCCAAGAUUCAAAAUGAAAUAUGUCAGUGAGGACAAGAAAACCACUGUCAAGGCCAGACUGACAGAUGAGAUGACUGGCAUAACUACAGUUAUGAAUAUUUAGAUGAGCUUUGUCUCUGUUUUGAAGCAAAGUCAGCCCUCAAGUGCACCCCCUGCUGCCACCCCCAUGAAGAAGAGCCGGAAGACUUUAGGCAGCUUCUUCAAAGCAGCAGGAGGCAAUGAGACGGGACCAUCCCAGCUAGAGCAAGAUGUUGACUCAGAACUACAGUCAUAUCUACUCAUCAGUAACAUUGACAGUGAGGAGGACCCCUUAGUCUGGUGGAGGCAACACAAGGAAUUGGAACCGUACCUGGUACACUACUAAUCCAGACCUCACCCAGUGCUUCCAGAACACUGUCCUUGUGUGGCUGCCAUGCCUCUACCUCUGGAUAUGUGCCCCCAUCUACCUCAUCUACCUCCGCAGUCAUGACCGUGGCUACAUAUGUAUGAGUCACAUCAACAAAGCUAAAACUGCUGUUGGCCUUCUGCUGUGGAUUAUCUGCUGGUCAGAUGUUUUCUAUUCUUUCUGGGAAAGAAGUCACAGCACCAGUGUCCCCGCACCCGUCCACCUAGUCAGUCCCACCUUACUGGGCCUCACCAUGUUGCUGGCCACCCUGUUAAUCCAGUAUGAACGGAUGAAAGGGGUUCAGUCAUCUGGAGUGAUGCUGAUCUUUUGGCUGCUGGCACUGCUGUGUGCCACAGUCACCUUCAGAUCCAAGAUCUUCCAGGCCCUGGACGAGCCAUCAACGGUGUGUUUGUGGAGGUACACCACCUUCUAUAUCUACUAUGCUCUGCUGCUGGUUGCUCUGUUCCUGUCCUGCCUGACAGACCGACUCCCCCUCUUCUCUCAAGCCGUCAAAGACUCGAAUCCCUGCCCCGAGCCUGGAGCCUCUUUCCUCUCCAGAAUAACCUUCUGUUGGAUCACCAGGAUGAUGAUGACAGGCUACAAGCGCCCACUUGAGGAAAAGGACCUGUGGUCUUUGAACUCUGAAGACCGCUCCCACAAAGUGGUUCCAAAACUGGUGCGCCGCUGGAACACAGAGUGCCAAAAAGUCAAAAGGACAGAGCAGAAAACUUUGUACUCCCCCAAGCGGGUCAGUCACAAUGAGGGCAAAGAAGGCCGAGCUGUGGAAGAGUCUGAAAUCUUGAUUGUAAAAACCCCCCAGAACACAAGGGAGCCUUCCCUGUUGUGGGCACUGUGCCUAACCUUCGGACCCUACUUCCUCAUCUCCUGCUUCUAUAAGUUCAUCCAGGACGUCCUCAUGUUUGUUGGGCCUGAGAUUCUUCGGCUGCUGAUCCACUUUGUCAACAACUCCAGUGCUCCCUCCUGGCAGGGUUACUUCUACACUGCUCUGCUCUUCAUAUGUACCUCUGUGCAGUCGCUCAUCCUGCAGAGGUACUUUCAUGUCUGCUUUGUCACAGGCAUGCGUCUGCGCACUGCCAUCAUCGGAGCUGUCUACAGGAAGGCCUUGCUUAUAAGCAACGCAGCACGCCGCACCUCCACAGUGGGCGAGAUGGUGAACCUGAUGUCAGUAGAUGCUCAGCGCUUCAUGGACCUCAUUACUUACAUCAACAUGGUAUGGUCCGCCCCUCUGCAGGUGGUGCUGGCCCUCUACUUUCUCUGGCAGAACCUGGGUCCAUCCGUGUUGGCUGGAGUGGCUGUGAUGGUUCUGAUGGUUCCUGUUAAUGCUGUGAUCGCAAUGAAAACCAAAACCUACCAGGUGGCUCAGAUGAAGAGUAAGGACAGUCGCAUUAAGCUGAUGAAUGAGAUGCUAAAUGGCAUUAAGGUGCUUAAACUGUAUGCCUGGGAGAUGGCCUUCAAGGACAAGGUGUCAAAAAUCCGUGAGAGUGAGCUGCAAGUCCUUAAGAAGGCUGCCUACCUGGGUGCAAUGUCCACCUUCACCUGGGUCUGCGCACCUUUCCUGGUCGCCCUGUCCACGUUUUCUGUGUACGUACUGAUUGACGAACGAAACGUGUUAGAUGCCCAGAAGGCAUUUGUGUCACUGGCACUCUUCAACAUCCUGCGUUUUCCUCUCAACAUGCUGCCAAUGGUCAUCAGUAGUAUGGUGCAGGCCAGCGUGUCGUUGAAAAGGCUGAGAGUGUUUCUUUCUCAUGAGGAGCUGCAGGAAGACAGUGUGGAGCACAAAACAGUAGCAGGCUCCCCACAUAGUAUUUCCAUUGUGGAUGGAGUUUUAAGCUGGUCUAGAGCUGAAUCACCGGCACUGAACAGGUUGAAUGUGUGUGUCCCAGAAGGCUCUCUGGUAGCCGUGGUGGGACACGUGGGUUCAGGAAAGUCCUCACUGCUUUCUGCCCUGCUCGGAGAGAUGGAAAAACUAGAAGGAACUGUGGCUGUCAAGGGUUCGAUGGCCUACGUUCCUCAGCAGGCCUGGAUCCAGAAUUCCACACUGAAAGACAACAUAAUAUUUGGUCAGGAAAGGAGAGAGGCCUGGUAUCAGCGUGUGGUGGAGGCAUGUGCCCUUCAGCCUGACCUUGAGAUCCUUCCUGCUGGAGACGAGACAGAGAUUGGAGAGAAGGGGGUGAAUCUCUCUGGAGGUCAGAAGCAGAGGGUAAGCCUGGCCAGGGCUGUCUAUUGUGACCGUGCUGUCUACCUGCUGGAUGACCCGCUGUCUGCCGUUGACGCUCACGUAGGAAAACAUAUCUUUGAUCACGUCAUUGGCCCACAGGGACUGCUGAAGGACAAGACUCGUGUGCUGGUGACUCACGGACUGCGCUACCUGCCCCAGGCCGACCUGAUCCUGGUCAUGGUGGAGGGAGAGAUCACAGAGAUGGGCUCCUACCAGCAGCUCAUGGCCACAGAGGGAACCUUUGCUGAGUUUCUGCGAACAUACACUGCAGUUGACCACACUGACAACAAUCAGUCUGUGCCAAGGAGUGGAACCAAAGGAGUAGAGAACAGCAGUGCACCUGCUCGUGUUGGCAGUCCAGAUGCCAGCAAUGUGUCCAAACUGUCCCAGACGGGUAAGGAGGACAAGGUGCUGAGCAAAAAUGCCAAGGACCCUGAGGUGGGCAAGCUGACAGAGGCUGACAAGGCCAGCACUGGACGGGUCAAACUCUCUGUGUUCUGGGCUUAUCUAAAAGCCAUCGGAGUGCCUCUGUCCUGCAUCAGUCUGCUGCUGUUCCUCACCCAUCACCUGCUCUCACUGUUCUCCAACUACUGGCUGAGCCUGUGGACUGACGACCCCGUGGUGAAUGGCACUCAGCCCGACAGACUAAUGAGACUUGGGGUGUACGGUGGUCUCGGCCUGUUCCAGGGUGUGGCAGUCUUUGGUUACUCCCUCUCCACGUCCAUCGGGGGCAUCCUGGCAUCCCGCUACCUUCAUCAGUCCAUGCUGUAUGACGUCCUGCGCUCACCUAUGUCCUUCUUUGAGCGAACCCCCAGUGGCAACCUGGUCAACCGCUUUGCCAAGGAGAUGGAUACCAUUGACUCAGUGAUCCCCAGUAUUAUUAAGAUGUUCAUGGGCUCUAUGUUAAAUGUGUUGGGUGCUUGUGUUAUCAUCCUGAUUGCCACACCACUGGUAGCUGUCAUCAUCCCUGCUCUCGGUCUGCUCUACUUUUUUGUGCAGAGGUUUUAUGUGGCAUCAUCUCGCCAGCUAAAGCGUCUGGAGUCAAUCAGUCGUUCACCCAUCUACACCCACUUCAGUGAAACACUGCUGGGCACCUCCGUCAUCCGAGCCUUUGGUGAACAGGAGCGCUUCAUUCAUGAGAGUGAUCGGCGGGUGGACCACAACCAGAAAGCUUACUACCCCAGCAUCAUAGCAAACAGGUGGCUGGCUGUUCGCCUGGAGUUUGUAGGAAACUGCAUCGUGUCAUUUGCAGCUUUGUUUGCUGUCAUAGCCAGAGAAAGCCUCAGUCCAGGCAUCAUGGGGCUGUCUAUCUCCUAUGCCCUCCAGCUGACUGCCUCUCUGACCUGGCUGGUGAGGAUGUCCUCUGAUGUGGAGACCAACAUAGUGGCUGUAGAGAAAGUUAAAGAGUACAGUGACACAGAGAAAGAGGCAGAGUGGAAACAUGAGCCCUCCAGCCUCCCCCCAGGGUGGCCCACUGAUGGCUGCAUAGACAUCAGAGGCUUUGGCCUGCGCUACCGCCACAACCUGGAUCUCGCCAUUCGCAACAUCACCAUCAGUAUAAAUAGAGGAGAGAAGGUGGGCAUUGUUGGGCGCACCGGAGCAGGGAAAUCUUCCCUAACGCUCGGGCUGUUUCGGAUCAUCGAGGCAGCAGAGGGUCACAUCUUCAUUGACGGGGUGGACAUCACUCAGCUGGGCCUCCAUGAGCUUCGUUCCAGAAUCACCAUCAUUCCACAGGACCCAGUGCUGUUUUCAGGAUCUCUGAGGAUGAACUUGGAUCCUUUUGACAGCUACUCUGAUGAGGAAGUAUGGAGGGCUCUGGAGUAUUCUCAUCUCAAGAGCUUUGUGUCCAGCCUGCCAAACAAACUCAGCCAUGAGUGUAGUGAAGGAGGAGAGAACCUCAGGUAUAACUGCUUUAUAUAUAGACAGUUUGAAUCAGGUGUGAGUAAGAGACUGCUUCCUUUUAAUUUGUAAACACAUCCUCAGGGUUUAAAGAGUCAUUUCACACUCACCACUCUACUGCUCCUUGUACACUUUGAAUGUGAAACAUGCAGAAGGUAUUGAGUUUCAUCUAGGAAGCAGAAGU